UUGCACAUGUUCUCUGCUCUAGUGCUUGGAGGUUCUCAAGGAGUAGGCUCCCUUAUCAGAUUUCUGGGACUUCCUGGAUACACUACACAUUUUAGUGCACAAUAAGUCAAUAUAGCUACAACAUUUGUGGCAACCAUACUUCUACGGCAACGGACAGUUACAGAGGAUUGGGGCACAACAAACUAGUCAAACUCGUCUGCUCAGUUUUGGGAUUUCUACCCCUGCCCAUCGCCCAGUAGGAAGACAAAAAAGUGUCAGUUAAAAAUAACAGUGAAGAAAAAAUGUGUUCAGUUGUCAACCGACUGAAACCUGCGCUGGCCUAUACGCUGUGGCUCCAAACAACCGGGUACUCGCGUAAAGUUCCAGCCCACAUCGGCCCGGGCUUACGCACGAGCAAGCAGCCUCUGGAAUCGGUCAUCAUACGACCUUACUGCUCCAGGAUGGAGUUGGGAAAAGGACCUUUCUUCAGGCAGCUGUUUGAGUCGGUGAGCAGCACCUACACUUAUCUGCUGGCUGAUACAGAGAGCAGGGAGGCGGUCCUCAUUGAUCCAGUACUGGAGACAGUGGACAGGGAUCUGAAACUCAUAGAGGAACUGGGUUUCAACCUGAAAGUGGCAGUGAACACUCACUGCCAUGCAGACCACAUCACAGGUACGGGACAGCUGAAGAACAGGCUGUUUGGGAUGAAGAGUGCCAUCUCCAAGCACAGCGGGGCCAGUGCAGACAUCAUGCUAUCAGAGGGAGAUAAGAUCAGCUUUGGCAAACAUUAUCUGACGGUGAGGGAGACUCCAGGACAUACAGACGGCUGUGUGACGUUGGUGACAGGGGACCAGAGCAUGGCUUUUACUGGGGACACACUGCUAAUCAGGGGCUGUGGAAGGACAGACUUUCAGCAGGGCUGCUCUAGGAAGCUCUAUGAAUCAGUCCACCGGAAGAUCUUCACAUUACCUCCUCAGUGCCUCGUCUUCCCUGCACAUGACUACAAAGGUCAGACGGCCUCCACCGUGGGCGAGGAGAGGAGGUUUAACCCCCGCCUGACCAAGAGUGUGGAAGAGUUUGUGGACAUCAUGAGCAACCUGAACCUCCCCAAGCCUGCUAAGAUAGAUAUUGCAGUGCCUGCAAACCUGGUGUGUGGACUCCAUGAGGUUUGAAUGGCAAAUUGGUUUUAGGAUUUCACUUUAAGCACUCUUGGGAGGAAGAAGGAAAUUAUUUUCACCCAGCCACAACUUAAUGUUGUGUAUAUUUUAUUUCCAAUUUGAACAUACAUUCCUCCUUGUUUGCCUAUGGGAAAAAAAGCAGUGGUCAUGAUUUGGUGGGUGUACAUAUACUGAAAUUGUAUAGUAAAAGAUGCAUUAAUGAUCAUUAAACAUUGCCAUGUACAUUGUAACAAUUUAUAAUACAAUCUCUUGCAAAAAUGUGAACAUUAAGAUGACCUAGUUUUAUAUUAAAUCAAGGUUGUUCAAAUGUAAA